ACUUCGAAUGCUUUCCUUUCCUUUUUGUCCCUUCUCGGCUGCCGUAGUAGCCAGGGACAAAAAAAAUCUGCCAUUGGCUACAAUGUAACUGAUGAUCAAAGCAGUUUUGUUGACGUCCAGAGAAGUAUGGAGACAGGAGAGCAAGUUGUUUCCUCCAGCGUUUCCAAGGCAGACAUCCGGCAGAACGUAUGGGACUUCAUGGAAGCAAACAACCUGGCGGAUUUCCCAAGGCCCGUCCACCACCGGAUCCCCAAUUUCAAGGGUGCUUCUUCUGCCUCUGCAAGGCUUCCAGAUCUGGGGGAGUUCCAAAAGGCCCAGACGGUCAAAGUCAACCCCGAUGCCCCCCAGAAGAAUGCCCGCUUUUUAACCUUGGAAGCAAGGAAGACCCUUUUGGUGCCCACCCCACGCUUGCGAACUGGAUUGUUCAACAGGAUUGUCCCUCCUCCUGGGGCAACCAAAGAAAUGCUCAGAAAAUGUGCAACCUCACAGGGAGUCCGGGAUUACAGUGUCCCCGUAGGGCUGGAUGCCAAGGUACAGGUAGACCUGGUCGUGGUUGGGUCCGUCGCUGUUUCUGAAAGAGGUUGGCGCAUUGGGAAAGGCGAAGGCUAUGCCGACAUGGAAUACGCCAUGAUGGUCUCCAUGGGGGCCGUGAAAGAGGACACGGUGGUUGUCACGGCUGUUCAUGAUUGCCAGGUGGUGGACAUCCCCGAAGCCCUCCUAGCCGACCACGAUCUGACCGUGGAUUAUAUCCUGACCCCAACCAGGACCAUCAAGACGGGCUGCAAGCGUCCCAAACCUCAAGGGAUCCUGUGGCACAAGAUCAGUCCUGAAACCCUUGCCAAGAUCCCCGUCCUCAAGAACCUUCUCUACAGAGAGAAGCAGGAAGGCAAGGAGGUGACCCUCAAGGAGGAGAAGUCCAGGAGUCCCACUAGAGUCCAAGCAGCCAAACCAGAAAGGGCCAGACCACAAGGAGAACCUCAACAGAUGUUGGAGAGAUCUUCACCGGACAAAGCAGACCAGAAAAGGUCUAGUUGUGCCACUGUCUACGUGGGCAACAUCUCUCACGGGAUCCGCGUGAGCGAGUUGAAGGAGGCUCUCCGAGAGCGCCAUGCGUCACCCAUGCGGCUCACCUGGCAAGGCGGGCGGCACCAAGCGUUCCUCACCUACAACGAUCAAUGCACAGCAGAUGCUGCCAUUGAAGCUCUCCAAGGGUUGUCCCUGAAAGGCCAUCCACUCCGGGUUGAGCCAGCGAGGAACCAGUCCUAGCCGAAGGACCCACAGAACCUCAAUGAAGCCAGGAACAGGACAGGUGAAAUGUUCAUUCUUGGGUGCCUAUCAAAAUAAAAUCCAUAGCCAAGGAGGGUCUUGCUACUUGAAGUUCUUUGGAGGUGGAAGACUCUCUGUAGCACAAAUCCUCCUCCAGAAAGCUAAGUCUCCAUAGAAAGAGACUCCAGCUCCUGGUCAAAACAACAUUAGCUUGUAUCCAUGGAUGUAGAGAUGGAAGUGGUAGGCAAUGGCAUCAUGUCUGUGGCAGGGCAAUGAGAUGGUGAAGUCCAGCAUGGUCUACAACACUCAAGGUUGGAGAUUUCAUGGUCUACAGCACUCAAGGUUGGAGAUUUCAUGUUCAGACACGUUUCCUCUUGAGUAAGAAGCUAUCUUCUCAGGAAGAAUGGUUCUGCCUCUGGUCAAUCCCUAUCUGAUGGUUGUUCCUGUAGAGCAAUGGUUCCCAAUGGUCUACAUCCCUCAAGUUGGGAGAUAUCAUGGUCUACAGCCCUCAAGUUUAGAGAUUUCAUGUUCAAAUGUGUUUCCUCUUGAGUAAAAACCUAUCUUCUUGAGAAGAAUGGAUCUGCCUCUGGUCAGUCCCUAUUUGAUGGUUGUUCCUGUAGAGCAAUGGUUCCCAAUGGUCUACAUCCCUCAAGUUGGGAGAUUUCAUGUUCAGACACGUUUCCUCUUGAGUAAGAACCUAUCUCCUCAAGAAGAAUGGUUCUGCCUCUGGUCAAUCCCUAUCUGAUGGUUGUUCCUGUAGAGCAGUGGUUCCCAAUGGUCUACAGCCCUCAAGUUUGGAGAUAUCAUGGUCUACAGCACUCAAGUUUGGAGAUUUCAUGUUCAGACAUGUUUCCUCUUAGUAAGAACCUAUCUUCUCAGGAAGAAUGGUUCUGCCUCUGGUCAAUUCCUAUCUAAUGGUUGUUCCUGCAGAGCAAUGGUUCCCAUGGUCUACAGCCCUCAAGUUUGGAGAUAUCAUGGUCUACAGCCCUCAAGUUUGGAGAUUUCAUGGUCUACAGCCCUCAAGUUUGGAGAUUUCAUGGUCUACAGCCCUCAAGUUUGGAGAUUUCGUGGUCUACAGCCCUCAAGUUUGGAGAUUUCAUGGUCUACAGCACUCAAGUUUGGAGAUUUCAUGGUCUACAGCCCUCAAGUUUGGAGAUUUCAUGGUCUACAGCCCUCAAGUUUGGAGAUUUCAUGGUCUACAGCACUCAAGUUUGGAGAUUUCAUGGUCUACAGCCCUCAAGUUUGGAGAUUUCAUGUUCAAAUAUGUUUCCUCUUGAGUAAAAAGCUAUCUGGUUGUUCCUGUAGAGCAAUGGUUCCCAAUCUUUGGGCUUCUAGGUAUUUUGGACUUCAGCUCUCACAGUUCCUAACAGCUGGUAAGUUGGCUGGGAUUUCUGGGAGUUGAAGUCCAAAACUCCUGGAGGCCCAAAGGUUGGGAACCACUACUGUAGAGCAAUGAUUCCCAAACUAGUGCUUUGGAUUUUUGGACUUCAACUCACAGAACCUUCAGCUGCGUUGGUCAAUGAUCUGGGAUCCUGGGAGCUGAAGUUCAAAUCACUUGGAAGACCAUGGUUUGGUAGAUGCUAUGUGUUCAUUUUUAAUAUAUAUUUUUAAAAUUGA